CAACAGCGUGAACCUCCUCCCGAGACGGCGGAGCAAUCCCCGUAACCCUUUACGGAAACGGCGUAGCUAACGUGCGCAGCGACAAAGACAGCGAGCCCGAAACCUAUGGGGAAGGAAUAAAAAAAGAAAUUCAGUAUCGUCGCACUCUGUACUUAAAGACCAUCAUUUUCUGGAGAGGUCGGUGCCCCGGGGCCUCGGUAAAGACACCGAAAUUUGACGGCGACGAGGGCGGAUUUGGAGUCAGCGCAGAGUCAUUGAAUACGCCGAAGAAGACUGUGGCAACUGGCAGAUUUUCCGUUGGACAGUCUGUAGGCUAGGGUAUAGCGAGGGAGCCGCCAUGGCAGUCGGAUCAUUGAGCCUCCACAUCGGGAUAUGAAGAGGAACUGCAUGUGUCCCGAAUUGUCCAGAAAACGCCGCAUUUACAUUUGAUCCGCACCGGAUCGGCACGCUUACCAUCUGAUCUCACCCUUCACCCCACUUCAUCUGUGUGAAACUGAUUCCGCAACCAGAAAGAAAUCGCAAUUGGUUUUAAUCGGGGGGCCACAGGGAGAGGCCAGAUUCAUGACUAUUUCAGUCGGAGACGUGUCUUCAAAGGCCCGCUGAAAGAAAACCUGGAACAUAAGGAAUAAAUGAUGCUGUGAUUGGCCGUUGGUGGGAAAGAAAGGGUAGUUUUAUUCGGUGAUAGGAACUAGAGUGAAGGAUCGCGGGAUAAAGGGGUCGCUUUCUGCCCGUCUUCCCUGUGAAUUAUAGUGUUAUUCAUUUACUGUCAUCCUUUUUGGAUGAGAAGGUUCGGCGAAUCGAUCAGCCCUGCCGUUUAGCAAGUCACAGUCUCCCGAGUCGAGAGAGAAUCAAAGGGAUUGGAACAUGUCGGGUCGGCCCAGGACCACAUCCUUCGCGGAGAGCUGCAAGCCAGUGCCGCAGCCCUCGGCUUUCGGCAGCAUGAAAGUCAGCAGGGACAAAGAUGGCAGCAAGGUGACAACAGUCGUGGCCACCCCAGGCCAAGGCCCCGACCGGCCACAGGAGGUGAGCUACACGGACACGAAGGUCAUCGGCAACGGCUCUUUCGGUGUCGUCUACCAGGCCAAGCUCUGCGACUCCGGAGAGCUGGUGGCCAUCAAGAAGGUCCUGCAAGACAAGAGAUUUAAGAACCGUGAGCUGCAGAUCAUGAGGAAGCUGGACCACUGCAACAUAGUCCGCCUGCGCUACUUCUUCUACUCCAGCGGAGACAAGAAAGAUGAAGUGUAUCUGAAUUUGGUUCUGGAUUACGUUCCUGAGACCGUCUACAGAGUGGCCAGACACUACAGCCGAGCCAAACAGACUCUGCCCAUGGUUUACGUCAAGUUGUACAUGUACCAGCUGUUCAGGAGCCUGGCCUACAUCCACUCGUUUGGGAUCUGUCAUCGGGACAUCAAGCCCCAGAAUCUGCUGCUGGAUCCGGAGACCGCCGUGCUCAAGCUCUGCGACUUUGGCAGUGCUAAGCAGCUGGUCCGCGGAGAGCCUAAUGUGUCCUACAUCUGCUCUCGCUACUAUCGAGCCCCCGAGCUCAUCUUUGGUGCGACUGACUACACCUCCAGCAUAGAUGUGUGGUCAGCCGGCUGCGUGCUGGCAGAGCUGUUGCUAGGACAACCAAUCUUCCCCGGCGACAGCGGAGUGGAUCAGCUGGUUGAAAUUAUCAAGGUUCUCGGCACCCCAACCCGAGAGCAGAUCCGUGAGAUGAACCCCAACUACACCGAGUUCAAAUUUCCCCAGAUUAAGGCACACCCUUGGACUAAGGUGAGUCAACAGGUGUUCCGGCCGCGCACGCCUCCGGAGGCCAUCGCCCUGUGCUCUCGCCUGCUGGAGUACACGCCCACGGCCCGCCUCACCCCUCUAGAGGCCUGCGCGCACUCCUUCUUUGACGAGCUGCGCGACCCCAACGUCAAACUGCCCAACGGGAGAGAGAAGCCCUCGCUCUUCAAUUUCACCACCCAGGAGUUAUCCAGUAAUCCCUCUUUGGCCUCCAUACUCAUCCCUGCACACGCCCGCAGUCAGGCCGCCGCCUCUACCCCAACCAACGCCUCUGCCACCACAGAUGGCAGCAGCACAGAGCGAGGUCCCAGCACCACCACCGCCUCUGCCUCGGCCUCCAACUCCACCUCCUGAGCCCACAGACCACCCGCCCUGCCCCGGCCUCAGCCCCAGCCCACGGCCCCUCCAUUGCCCCGGCCAGGGGGUGAGCUCCGCUCAGCUCUGCUCUGCUGUGCCCUGCUCUCCACCCUGACAGCAGUGGAGCGAUGCUGACGCAGUCCGGGUUCAACAGCUAGCCAACAGCCCCAUGCCACGACCACAAACCAAGCAUCCCCAAUCUGCCUCUUUUAUCCCUGACUGGCCCCUCAUUCAGCUGUUUGAACUCUCCUCCAUCCUCCGUCAAAGACAUCUCUCCGUGCCCUUUCAGCGGGGGAAGCGAGGCGCAGGGCCAGAGGUGUUGUCGACUGUACUAUUGAUAAAAGUACACUGUACAUGUAUACACAAUGCUAGCCUGCUAAUGUUUGUAAGAGGACAAUCUGUAGAAAAAGUCCUAAGCUGUUCCCUUUGGCCCUCCUCUCCCUACCUGGCCUCCUUCCUCUGUCCACCUCCACAUUGUCCCAUUUAUCCGCAACCUCAUCCUUCGACCUCCGACCCCUGCGUCCCCUGGCCGACACCCCCUCCCCCGCCCCUCCCCUUCGGUUCCUCCUGUAGUGCAUGGCCUGAGUAUGGUUAGGAUCACCCGGGGUUCACCCCACCCUCUCACUUCUCACCUCCACUUCUGCAGACAAGGCAUGAGGCUCACGCACGGGUAUACACACACACACACACACACACACACUCAUAAACACACACACACACACGCACAUCCUCACACACAUGGAUGCAUGAUGAUCAUGAUGUAUGUGGAACGGAGCGGUCCACCUGCGGGGCUAACGUUUGGACAGGUUGUGUUUUGUUUCUUUGCCUGGGGUUGUUUUUAAAUGGUUAGCAAGCUGUUUUACUCGACCUUGUUUUUAAUUUUUGGUUUGUUUUGUACUCCUGGGCAGAUGUUUUUGGAUUGCCAUGUGCGAUGGAUGUGACAUGUAUCCGGUCCUGUGUGCUUGUAUAAUAUAUACAUACAAUACAAAACAAACAUGCAUACAUACACAGUUUAUAUAUUACUUUUCCUUAUGUAUAAAAAGUAUAUAUAGAUAUUAUGUAUAUUAACUACAAUGGUUCAGAAAUCAUUUAUGGUGAGCUCAUAUCUGGCAGAGCAGUGGCAAUAUUUGCUGCUGCCUAAAGACAAUAGAUUUAGGUAAGGUGGUGUCUUUUUUUUGGUUUUGUUUUGCUGGAGUGUGGUUAGAUUCCAGCAGUCACUUCCCUGUUCUCCUGUGUCGUCUGUAUUAAGGCUGUAGAUGGAUUUUAGGGCAUUGCUCUAUUCCCUGUCUUUGUACCGACCCUGUCUGUAACAGCGUUCCCGUGGCAGUGCAGUGUCCAGACAAACAACCCCCCCCCCUGUCGAGCCCUUUCUCUCUCUGUCCCCGUGGAGAAUUCAACAUGUUUCUCAACCCUUCUCUGCCCUCGACUCCUCGAGAAGUCCCGGCCGGUGGUGUCUGGCUCACCGCGGACCGCCUCAUGCGUUGUGACCACUGACUAGCGUUCGUUCCUCCUCCGCCUGCAGCACAUAGAGCCACUCGGUACAGUCUGUCGAAGCGUCUUAUUUACAGAGAAUACUCACUACAUUUUAAAGUUUAAAAAAAAAGAAAAAGAGAAGAAAAAGCAGAAUGUGUAUAUACAGUAUAAAUGCUCCUCACCAAAAUUCUGACUCGUAUGACUUGUAUGUUGUUUUUUAUGUUGUUACGUUGAUUAUUUUUUCCAUGUUGUGUUCAAGGUAUGUAUAUAUGCAGACCCAUGUACUGUUUAUGAGCAAAAACAAAGAUGACAAAGGGUAGGGAAAGAAAUGAAAAAGAUAAAAAAAAAAAAAAACAGAAUCAGGGCAGAAC